CAGAGCAGUGUGGUGGUUUCUCUCUGCAGCAUCUCCUUCUUUCAGGACCGGCGGAGGCCCUCGCUCCAGGCCCGCACUCGCAACCGCCAGAGGGACGAUGGCGAACGCCACGGCCGGAACGAGCAAAGGGAUCAACCUGACGUGCGGCAUGUCCGGCCACCACGACAUCAUCUUCACGCUGGUGCCCAUCGUCUACGGAUGCAACUUUGCCAUCGGCAUUGUGGGUAACAGCAUGGUGGUGGCCGUCAUCUACUGCUACAUGAAGCUGAAGACGGUGGCCAACAUCUUCGUGCUCAACCUGGCCGUGUCCGACCUCACCUUCCUCAUGACGCUGCCCAUGUGGGCCACCUUCACCGCCACCGGCUACCACUGGCCGUUCGGGGGCUUCCUGUGCAAGACCAGCGCCGGCUUGGUCAUCUUCAACCUCUACACCAGCACCUUCUUCCUGACGGCGCUCAGCAUGGACCGCUACCUGGCCAUCGUGCACCCGGUGAGGUCGCGGCGCUUCCGCACGGCGGCGUACGCCCGCAUCACCUGCGUGGUGGUCUGGCUCUUCGCCUUCGUGCUCAGCGUGCCCACGGCGUUGACGCGGGACGUGCUCGACAUCGCCAACUCCAACGCCACGGUGUGCGGCGUCCUGCACCCGGGCGCGGAGAACCGCGUGCGGCUGAAGGAGCUCCUGCUGGCCAUCAAUCUGAUGAAGAGCCUGCUGGGCUUCCUGGUGCCCUUCGUCAUCAUCAUCACCUGCUACUGCCUCAUCGGCCGGGCGCUGCUGGGCGCCAGGCACAUCCAGAAGAGCUCGCGCUCCCGCGACGACGAGGUUCUGCGCAUGCUGGCCGCCGCCGUGCUGGCCUUCUUCCUGUGCUGGAUGCCCCAUCAGGUGUUCCACCUCCUGCAGGUGCUGACUCAGCUCAUUCUGGUGGAGAACUGCGCCGUCCUGGAGAUCGUGGACACCGCCAUGCCCUUCACCAUCUGCCUGGCCUACUUCAACAGCUGCGUCAACCCCAUCGUCUACGGCUUCGUGGGACGCAACUUCCGCAAGAACCUGCUGCGACUGCUGCGCUGCUCGCCGGCCGGCGCCCCCGGUCCUCACCCCAGCAUCAGCUCCAAGAUGAGCGCCCUGUCCUUCAGAGCCUCCGAGGCGCUGAGCCUGACCGCCAAGAGCAAGGCCUCCGCCGACAGCAAGUAGCGGCGACGGGGAGUCCGGAGGAAGACAUUCGGCGGUUGCCGAGGCCAACGCCGAGCACCGAGCAUGCGAGCGCGCCGUCGUGAUGUCCUGCAUGACA